AUGCCCAACUGUGAUGCUAUGAUUUUGCCUUACACCCCUCUACCUGAAAUAGAUCAAAAAGUGCAGGCCUCUAGAGAUUUCUUCUUUGACAAACAAUUGAAAUUGUCCCAUGAAAGUGACCCCAGAAAAAAAGAUCUACAGUCUAGACAGUUCCAGUUGAAGAAACUUUAUUAUGCCGUGAAAGAUCAUGAAGACGAACUAAUCGACGCUAUGUAUCAAGACUUCCAUCGAACCAAGUUAGAAUCGGUUUUCAGCGAAACAACCAAACUCAUGAACGAUAUACUUCACUUGAUCGAAAUUUUACCUAAAAUGAUGAAACCCCGUAAAAUAUCCGACUAUUCUCCCCCAUUUAUGUUUGGUAAAACAGUUGUGGAAAAGAUUUCAAGAGGUAGCGUCUUAAUUAUUGCUCCUUAUAAUUUCCCUGUACUUCUAGCAUUGGCUCCGUUAGCUGCUGCUCUUGCUGCAGGUAAUUCUAUUGUUUUGAAGCCAAGUGAAUUAACACCGCACACUGCCAUUGUUAUGGAAAAGCUACUGGCCGCCGCUGGUUUUACCAGCGGAUUGAUUCAAGUGGUCCAGGGAGCUAAAGAUGAGACUAGCAAGUUACUAGAUUGUGGAAAAUUUGACCUAAUAUUCUACACGGGCUCUCCACAUGUAGGUUCGAUAGUUGCUGAAAAGGCAGCAAAAAGCUUAACACCUUGCGUACUCGAAUUGGGUGGUAAAUCACCCACCUUCAUCACAGAAAAUUUUAAUUCUAAUAAUAUAAAGACCGCCUUAAAAAGAAUUUUUUUUGGAGCCUUUGGGAAUUCUGGCCAAAUUUGCGUCUCCCCAGAUUAUUUAUUAGUGCAUAAAUCCAUGUAUCCAAAGGUCAUUGAGGAGUGCAAGUUAGUAUUGGAUGAGUUUUUUCCAACUUUUGACAAAGAAACGGAUCUCACUCGCAUGAUCCACAAGCGUGCCUAUAAAAAUACUAUGGAGAAAUUAAAUACAACUAAAGGGUCCAAAAUUUCACCUUCAAAAACUUUAACCAGUUUAGAUGCCGAUGAUUUAUGCAUUGUACCACCUACCGUAAUUUAUAACAUUGAUUGGAAUGAUCCAUUGAUGAAACAAGAAAAUUUUGCACCUGUUUUGCCUAUUAUCGAGUACGAUAGUCUUGAUGAGACCAUCGAUGAGAUAAUAAAAGAGCACGAUACUCCAUUAGUGCAAUAUAUUUUUUCUGAUAGUCAAUCAGAAAUAAAUCAUAUCUUGACACGCUUGAGAUCUGGUGGUUGUGUUAUCGGUGACACUGUGGUUCAUGUGGCCAUUACUGACGCUCCAUUUGGAGGGAUAGGCAAUUCAGGUUAUGGUAACUAUGGUGGAUUGCAUGGUUUCAAUACCUUCAGCCACGAAAGAACAAUUUUUAAGCAGCCAUAUUGGAAUGAUUUUACCCUUUUCAUGAGAUAUCCUCCGACUAAUGCUCAAAAGGAAAAAUUGCUCCGUUUCGCAUUGGAAAGAAAGCCUUGGUUCGAUAGAAAUGGUAAUGACAAAUGGGGUUUGCGCCAAUAUUUUUCGUUAUCAGCUGUAUUCAUGCUAAUUAGUGCCAUUUGCGCCUAUCGUUCUUCUUGA